CUCCAGUGCUGCGGAGAGGCAGAGCAGCGCGCGGCACCUGUCCGCGGCCGAGAGAGCCGGGACGCGGGCGCCGGGGCGGCCGUACAAAAGGAGGGAUCGCCGAGGUGCGCGUCAGUCCUCAGCCCGCCAGGGGACGCGGAGGAAAUGUGGACUGUGUAGAGAUGAGCGACACUUAUCUCCGAUGUUGGAUAUUUGCUUGGAAAAACGUGUGGGUACGACCUUGGCUGCCCCGAAGUGUAGCUCCAGUGCUGUGAGGUUUCGAGGGGUGACCGCCGGGACCAUGAAAAUGGACAUGGAGGACGCAGACAUGACUCUGUGGACAGAGGCUGACUUUGAAGAGAAGUGUACAUACAUUGUGAACGACCACCCCUGGGACUGUGGGGCCGACGGAGGGACCUCAGUUCAGGCAGAGGCGUCUCUACCAAGGAAUCUGCUUUUCAAAUAUGCCACGAACAGCAAAGAGGUUAUUGGAGUAGUGAGUAAAGAAUACAUACCAAAGGGAACACGUUUUGGACCUCUAAUAGGCGAAAUCUACACCAAUGAUACUGUUCCUAAGAACGCCAACAGGAAAUAUUUUUGGCGGAUCUAUUCCAGAGGGGAGCUUCACCACUUCAUCGAUGGCUUCAAUGAGGAGAAAAGCAACUGGAUGCGCUAUGUGAAUCCGGCGCACUCUGCCCGGGAGCAAAAUCUGGCUGCGUGUCAGAACGGGAUGAACAUCUACUUCUACACCAUUAAGCCCAUCCCUGCCAACCAGGAGCUUCUUGUGUGGUAUUGUCGGGACUUUGCAGAAAGGCUUCACUACCCUUAUCCCGGAGAGCUGACAAUGAUGAAUCUCACACAAACACAGAGCCAUCCAAAGCAGCCGAGCACCGAGAAAAAUGAACUGUGCCCCAAGAAUGUCCCAAAGAGAGAGUACAGCGUGAAGGAGAUCCUGAAACUGGACUCGAACCCCUCCAAAGGAAAGGACUGCUACCGCUCCAACAUUUCCCCCCUCGCCCCAGAAAAGGACGCAGACGACUUCCGAAAAAACGGGAGCCCCGAAAUGCCCUUCUACCCUCGGGUCGUUUACCCGCUCCGGGCCCCUCUGCCGGAGAACUUUUUGAAAGCCUAUGGGAUGGAGAGGCCGACCUACAUCACUCACUCCCCCAUCCCGUCCUCCACGACCCCGAGCCCCUCGGCGAGAAGCAGCCCCGACCAAAGCCUCAAAAGCUGCAGCCCGCACAGCAGCCCGGGGAACACGGUGUCGCCCCUGGCGCCCUGCCCUCCGGAACACCGGGACUCGUACGCCUACUUGAACGCCCCCUACGGCCCGGAAGGCUUGGGCUCCUACCCGGGCUACGCGCCGGCCCCGCACCUGCCCCCGGCCUUCAUCCCCUCCUACAACGCCCACUACUCCAAGUACCUUCUGCCCCCCUACGGCGUGAAUUGCAACGGCCUGGGCGCCAUGGGCAACAUGGGCGGCGUGGGCAACCUGGGCCUCUUCCCCCGGCUCUACCCCGUCUACAGCAGCCUCCUGGGCGGCGGCAGCCUGCCGCACCCCCUGCUCAGCCCGGCCUCCCUGCCCAGCUCGCUGCCCUCGGACGGAGCCCGCAGGCCGCUGCAGCCCGACCACGCGCGCGAGGUGCUCGUCCCGGCGCCGCACAGUGCCUUCUCCCUCCCCGGGGCGGCCGCCAGCAUGAAGGACAGGGCGAGCAGCCCCACCAGCGGGUCGCCCACGGCGGGCACGGCCGCCUCGGCGGAGCACGUGGUGCAGCCCAAAGCUACCUCAGCGGCGCUGGCGGCCCCCGGCAGUGACGAAGCCAUGAAUCUCAUUAAAAACAAAAGAAAUAUGACGGGCUACAAGACGCUGCCCUACCCCCUUAAAAAGCAGAACGGCAAGAUUAAAUAUGAAUGCAACGUUUGCGCCAAGACGUUCGGCCAGCUCUCCAACCUGAAGGUCCACCUCAGAGUGCACAGCGGAGAACGGCCUUUCAAAUGCCAGACUUGCAACAAGGGCUUUACUCAGCUGGCCCACCUGCAGAAACACUACCUGGUACACACGGGAGAGAAGCCACACGAAUGCCAGGUUUGCCACAAGCGAUUUAGCAGCACCAGCAAUCUCAAGACCCACCUGCGACUCCACUCUGGAGAGAAGCCGUACCAGUGCAAGGUGUGCCCUGCCAAGUUCACCCAAUUUGUGCACCUGAAACUCCACAAGCGCCUACACACCCGGGAGCGGCCCCACAAGUGUGCCCACUGCCACAAGAGCUACAUCCAUCUCUGCAGCCUCAAGGUCCACCUGAAGGGGAACUGUCCUGUGGCCCCGGCCACGGGGAUUCCUUUGGAGGACCUGACCCGGAUCAACGAAGAAAUCGAGAAGUUUGACAUCAGUGACAACGCCGACCGGCUCGAGGACGUGGAGGACAACAUCGAUGUGACCUCUGUGGUGGAGAAAGAAAUUCUGGCCAUGGUCAGGAAAGAGAAAGAAGAGACUGGCCUGAAAGUGUCUUUGCAAAGAAACAUGGGGAAUGGACUCCUCUCAGGGUGUAGCCUUUAUGAGUCAUCAGACCCGUCCCUCAUGAAGUUGGCUCACAGCAACCCACUACCUCUGGGGCCUGUAAAGGUCAAACAGGAAACAGUAGAACCAAUGGAUCCUUAA